GCUGACCCGCCACUUCAUCGCCAGCUCUGGGAAGGGCGGGUCCUACGGGCCCCCACCUGGAGUUUCUGCCUGGGAGGCCCCAGAAUAGCUUCUGAUCUCGGGAGCAGAAGGGAGAGGAAAGAAGAGGCUCCAGGCAUGGAGGCGCUGGAGCUGGUCUUGUUAUGCCUGCUCAUCGUGGCAGAACCAGCCACCUGCCAACAAGGUCUGGGGAAACUGGAGCCAUGGAUGCAGGGUCUGAUUGCUGUGGCAGUAUUUUUGGCUCUUGUGGCCAUAGCUUUUGCUGUUAAUCGAUUCUGGUGCCAAGAGGAACCGGAACCUGUGACCACAGUCAUGUCUAUUGGAGGCAAAUCAGAUGGGAACUUGGCAGGGGUGGAUGGAAGGUAUUCAUCAAUGGCUUUGAGCUUCAGGUCCAAUGAACACAAAAAUGCCUACGAGAAUGAGAAUGUGAUGGAAGAUAUCCCAAGAGUCCGUAGCACCCCUAUGUGACCUUCCCGUCUCAUCUCCCCACCCCUCCCUGGCUACCAUCCUAGGCAGACUUUACCACCUCUGAAGGAUUCCUGGGAGCUUCUUGAAUUAUAGUCCUAUUGAAUUAUAGCCAUGUAAUCUACAAUCAAGGAGCGCCCUCAUUAUCACCACUGCUCCCUUCUCAAAUAUUGUCCAUUUUUGUCCUUCAUCUGUAAUCAUGAGUCACCCUACCUCUGUUCAUGCCCUCUCACCCCAUCUCCCUUGACAGGGUUUCAUUUUGGGACCAGGAUCAGGGCUCAGGUUGGGACUGGGCUUAGGGAUCAAUCUGGAGCUGGGAAAUAGGACAUUGCUUGGUACACAGACGAACGUCUUGGUCUGGGAUCCUUCUAAGACUUUGGUCUCUACAGUGCUAAGCUCUGGUCAAGUGAGGUUAAGUUGGGUCCCAUGCAAUAAUGUCCCUUCCCUUGAAAGCUUUUAUUUCUGUGAAAUAAAGACAUUUUGUACUUGUUGUCCUCAA